AAUCUUCUAAACUUCAUGCUUAUGUUCAAACUUCGGUUCUUAUAGGUCAAACUUCUCGGUUUCCUGUUAUCUUAUUUUGAAGCUAAUAUGCGCUUAACCCAAUAUUAUUUGUUCAGCGAUGUUCCUCGAUGACUUUGAGCCACUUUAUGAGAUCUCCAGCACCGACCUGCACCAGAUGUACCUUGCUAAACGAUACGUCACCGGUAAAGAAGUCAUUGUCAAGGUAUUGGAGGGGAAAUCCAGGGAGUAUAGUAAGCAAAAGGACAUAAUGGUACCUAAUGAGAUCCUGAUAAACAAGAAACUCAACAACCCGGCAAUCUUUCAGAAGUGGGAGGAAUUCUUCUUUGAAUCAGGUUUGUGGUCGUACUUUCGAUGGUUCUAUAGUAGCACAAAAUAUGUAUUCUUAUUUGAUCAGCAAAUUAUUUUGUCUGCUAUUGGGUUACUAAUUCUAGCUGAUAAAGAUCAUGUUCUAACUUAUGUUUCCUUGACAGGAGUGUGGUUCAUGGUGUUUGAAGCCGCGCAAGGGGUUUGCACGUUGUCUGAUUACAUAGCCGAGCAUGGUGCGCUCUCCGAGACUCAAGCAAGGGAGAUAAUGAGGCAGCUGUACAACAUCUUAAUCUUCUGUCAUCUGAAGGAUGUGGAUCCUCGUAACCUUUGUCCUAACAACAUACUCAUUCAACCAGAUACUCUAAAGAUAAAACUGUCCAACUUCGAGGAAGCUUCCCUAACCCUCAAAUCCUCCAAACCUCACAUCACUGAGAUAUCAGACCCAGCCUACCUCCCGCCAGAGUACUUCCUCACCGGUAAACACCUUCCUCUCCACGGAUCCGUCUGGUCUCUGGGGUGUAUUUUGUUCGAGAUGGUCUUCGCUCGACGGCCCCUAUUUGUGACAGCCAGUGAUUUUCAGCAGCUUGAGAACUUGUUUAGCAAGGUAUCCACAAACUGUAUUAGGUUCUUGAAGGGGUGUUUGUGUCCUGUGUCCAGGAAGAGACUGGAGUUUCAGGAGGUUAAGAGACAUGUUUGGUUUUCCGGGGAGAUCAGCAUGUGAUCAGCAUGUGACCACUUGUUGUAGCUUGUUAGUACUUAUGGAUUCGUUUUGGAAUUAAUUUGAUUGAAUAUGAAGAAUGUAACUGUACAUAUAACAACUGAUGUUAAAUCUCAUUAUUAUUUCACAAUUGCAUGGUUAUUUACAUAUCCGAGUUUUACUCACAGAGUUUUGCCGGGAAGCGUUCAGGAGCUUAAAAUCGAAUUGCGAAAAAGUGGCAAUUUUGAAGCAGCCGUGGUGUGAUAGGAAAACAAUUGCUUAAUAUGAGUCAAGUAGUGAUCAGUGAAAAG